UCUAUAGUAUUGCAGUGGUAGUAGAAUCAGUCAAUGUAUGCUUGCUGCUGGUGCUAAAACUGCGUCACUUAAUUGAUCUGUGAAUAGAUUUGCUUAGUUUACGAUCAUGGCAUGCGUAGAGACAUUCAUUGAAGAUGUUCUGCGGAAGGAGGAUCUUCAGGAAGUGUCCAUCGAGUACGGCACGAGCAGCGGUGGUUUCGUCGGCGAUGUCAGCACUGCUGUUGUGCACCAUUCCAGAGGAAUCAUCAAUCUCUUCAUCAAGAAGAAUGAAUCGGAAUUGGCCAAAAUCAUGUCCAAGUAUGAGACCAAUUUCUACGAGGUGAUCGUACCGAAGCUCAACGCGAUUUCUGGAAACUCCUGGAGAGACGUUCCCAAGUGCUACCUUUCCACCGAGACUGAGAUAAUCUUGGAAAACGUGUGCGCCAAAGGCUUCCAUCUAUGGAAAGAGCUGGGACAUCCUUUGAGCAGCGAAUAUAUCGAGGCGGUGCUCAAAUGUUACGGGCAAUUCCACGGUUUGAGUUUCGCGCUGAAGCAGCUCGAACCUGAAGUCUUCGAAGAGAUAUCGUUCAGCGAUUACGAACCGAUGAUCUUGGCUUUGAAUGCGUACAAGAACGACACGAUCAUCAGCAACUUCACAGAUAUCGCGACGAAAAGCUUUGGGGAGGAAGACGAGGAGUGUAAGAAGGCUUUCAAGAAAUUCAUCAACGAUGACAUCCUCACCUUUCUGGAGGAACUGAAAGCUGAAGAUAAGUACAACGUGAUUGUCCAUGGAGAUUGUUGGACCAAUAAUUUCAUGUUCAGGGAACGCGAGGGAGAUAUCGAUGUACGGAUGUUGGACUUUCAACUGGCCCGCAAAGCAUCUCCGAUUGUUGACCUGUCUUACUUUUUGACGACGAGCGGAUGUUCCAAAGAUGUCUUCAACAACGUCGACGCUUUUUUGAAGAUUUACCACGAUGCUUUGGUGAAUACUUUGGAUAGGUUGCACUGCGAUCCGGACGUAUUUCCUUUUGGUGAACUUAAGAGGCAGUGGUGUAAAUACGGUCGGUACGGCACAUUUUGGUCUAUGGCCAUCAGCAAGAUGAUGAUUGCAGACAAGGAAGAAGUAGAAGCAGCGCACACGGAUCGCGGAAUCUUCCACAGCUUCUACUUCACCUCCAAGAAUGAAGCUAUAUACGAUGAACGCAUGAAUAUGAUUAUAAAAUAUUUUUUCAAAUAAUCUAAAGCAUUUAUUAUAAUAAGACUUAUUCAU